GUUUGGACGUGUCUGCUUUAGGACUGCACACGGCAAUGAUUCCAUAUGAUGCCCUUCUAUGCAGGGGUUCUUCAAGGUGAUGCUUUGUUUGGUCAAAAGGAAUUCCGCAGGUCACUGAGCAUGUAUAAACAGGCUUUGCAACUCUGCAAGAUUAUUCCCAAGCAAACAACUGUUUCCAGAAGUUCACUGUCUACAUCCGCUAGAUCCUCUUCUCCAAAUAAUAUGAACAUUUCAGCCAUCAAUGAAAAUGAAGUGAAAUUCAAGAUUACCCUUUGCUAUUGUGCGCUAUGUGAGAACCGGGCCGCUCUUGCGGAGAUUGAAGGAAUCCCAUCAAAGGCAAGAACACUACGAAUGAAUCUCACUAUCGGCAAGCUUUAUCGCAUUUCUAGACAUAAUAGAGCUGCUAUUUCAUGCUACAAGGAUUGCUUAAGGCAUUGCCCUUAUGUUUUGGAGGCUAUUACGGCACUGGCUGAAUUAGGUGUUUCAUCUAAGGAAAUUGUGGCACUUUUUCCUCAGACUCCAAAUAGAGGAAGGACCCCUUUUGAGCACUUGGAUAACACGCGCUGGUUGCAUCGGUAUGUUGAGGCACAAUGCUGCAUUGCUUCUAAUGAUUACAAAGGCGGCCUUGAACAUUUCUCUGACCUAUUGCAACGUUUUCCAAACAACGUGCACAUAUUGCUGGAAAUUGCUAAGAUUGAAGCUAUCAUUGGAAGAACCGAAGAAGCUAUAAUGAAUUUUGAAAAGGUUCGGUCUAUUGAUCCAUUUGUCAUGACGUACAUGGAUGAGUAUGCAUUGCUUCUGAACUUGAAGUCUGACCACUCUAAGUUAAACAAACUAGUGUAUGAUUUGCUAAAUAUUGACCCAGCAAGAGCUGAAGCUUUUGUUGCAUCAUCUUUAUUGUGGGAAAGGAAAGAUGAACGAAGAGCCCUGGCUUAUGCUGAGAAGAGCAUCCGAAUUGAUGAUAGACAUAUUUUGGGCCACAUAACAAAGGGAAGACUUUUUCUGUCGUUAAACCGACCUGAUACAGCUGUGACAGCCUUCAGGGCAGCUCUAGAGUUGAGACCUGAUCUUCGCUCUUAUCAAGGCUUAGUUCGUUCUUAUUUGGCCCUUUCCAAAAUAAAGGAAGCACUAUAUACAGCUCGAGAGGCAAUGAAGAUAAUGCCUCAAUCAGCAAAAGCCCUCAAACUGGUUGGUGAUGUUCAUGCAAGUAAUUCUAGUGGGAGGGAUAAGGCGAGGAAAUUUUAUGAAUCUUCCCUGCGCCUAGAACCUGGAUACCUAGAUGCUGCUUUAGCAUUGGCUGAGCUACAUGUUGUUGAGGGCAGAACUAAAGAUGCAGUCUGUCUUCUUGAAAAAUAUAUUAAAGAUUGUGCAGAUGAUUCUCUACACACCAAGUUGGCUCAGGUUUUUGCUGCUACAAAUAUGCUAUCUGAAGCUCUCUCUCAUUAUCAAGCAGCAUUGAGGAUAAAUCCACAAAACAAUGCUGCUAAAAAGGGUUUAGAACGCCUGGAGAAACAAAUGAAGGGCAUAGAUCCAGAUGCACCUGAUGAAGAUGAAGAAAAUGAAGUCGAAGAUGCUGAAGCUGAUCCAGAAGACAAUGAUCUUUUGUAAGCAACAAAAAUUCUUUAAUAGUUUGAGCUCUAAGAUGGUGAAGCAGGCCCAUAUGAACUAUCAGAAAUCAAGCAAAGCAGCAUAUCAGAAGGGCUUGAUCUGCUUUGCAAACCGUAGUAAGGCUUUAUUUCGAAAUAUUUAAAGUGUUAUUAACUAAAAUAUUGUAUUUUGAUAGUCUCUGCAACUGCUAAGAACUGCUCUUGCCAAGCUUGAAUUUAUAAUGUAAGCAGCUUUGUAUGAACAAAUAGAUGUCAGCUCCAUUUUUUCCCCUCUAUA